GUUAAUUGGACAGAGAAGCCCGUGAAAGAGGGGGACUCCUUGACGGUGCUCUGUACAGCAUUUGGCGCCAAUCCCAAACCACAUGUAUACUGGGAAACCUCAUCACACAGAAUCAAUGACGUCAUGCGGCGGGAUGGGAAUACAGCCACGAGUUUGCUCCGUCUUUCACCCGUGACUAGAACAGACGCGGGCCUAUACAGUUGCCUUGCUGACAACCAGAUAGCCUCUGCAUCAAUCAUCAGGAGUUUUACACUAAGAAUUUACUAUGAGCCAAAUAUCAUAACAACAUUGCGAACCAUGACUAUUCCACGAUACGAGGACACAUUCAACAUUACCUGCAUCGCAGAAGCAAUACCACUUCCUGUAGUUGAAUGGACGAGUCCAUCUUAUAUGACCAACCUCUCCCGACCUAUCACAGAGGUAUUCGGUACAACGAUUGUGAGUCUCAUGCAGAUACCAGGCGAUCGAGGCAACCUGCUGCCUACCACAUUCAACAUGACUUGUUCAGCAAGUAAUAUUGUUGGAAGAACGACAUGGACCAUUGAAAUCAAAUAUGGCGAGGUCUCCGAUGAUGUAGAUGAGGACGUCGACCCGACAGCUCCCUUAACAGUAGACCUACCUAUUCUCUGUGAUGAUAACCCACGUGGGAUUCCAAAGAUGCCUGUGGAGCGCCCACUUUUGAUUGCAUUGAUUUCAGCCUGUUUUGUCUUCUUACUGAUAGUCUUAGUAUGGCACACGAGAAGGAGGUUAAAAAUGGACGAAUUUUGGGUUGUCCGUAGGGAAGGAUUCUACGUUGAUAUGAACAGAAGACGAGCUGGCAUACCAGGAAUACCAACAGUAGAUGAAUUAGAAGCAGUAAGCACCACGACUAGUCCACGACUCACCCCUUCAUCGGGAGCAUCCAUUCGAUUUGAGUUCGUCUCUCAGCAAAGUGUAGAGAACACAUAUGACGCGAUACCCGUUGUGAGUGCCAUGCCAUCAUCAGUGCAGCCUAGGAGAAGGAGAAUACGUUCAGAUGAUGGGUACUACUAUGAUGUACCACCGGCACCUCGAGGUUUCGAUACCGUCCGCCGAGUACAGUCCCGGAGAUUACCGACCGUGCCCACCAUGUUCAUUCCUCCUGAAACCAUGCAGGCCGUUCUAAGAAGUCUUAGCAGAGAUACGGGUGAAAUGGAAAGACCCACGCUAGAGCAUCAACCUGGUGGACGAUCAGAGACAAUCAUACGAGAAGAGGUUCGGCUUUUCAAGAAGAGCCAGCUUCGAAGGGUUCUGUCUUUGUAGAACAAGAUGAGGUCUACUUCGUCAACGAAUGCUUAGGGUCCUGUUUUUUUCUUUAAGAGGACUUUGACAGGUCUUUGUGAAAUCAAAUGAGGUUAUCUUUGGUGAGGCAUUAUUCCUCACUACCAACCAGGUCCCUCGGAGAGGACCUAAAGCCGUCGGCCGUCUGGUUGCUUACUUACAAGCAUUUAUGCUUUCUUAGCAGUCAGGUAAAAUAACCAUCACAUCACAUCAUCAUUUGUUGAGAGGACUUUGAGUCGGAAAGUAUCGACAAUAAGCUACCAUUUGUCAGGAAGUCUCACAGUCGAGGAAAAAUAGUGAUGUAAAGUCAAAUGAGGUACAGUUCAUCAAUAAGGCUACACGUGGUUGGAUGUUAGAGUCAGAUUCGACACUGUCACAAAGUCAUGUUUGUCAAAAAGCCCCGGGACCGUGUAAAAUCAGAUGAGAUACAGCUUGUUAUAAAAUAUAUACAUUUUGAUGGGUACAAGAAGGCUCAGACUCGACGGAAGCUGUCAUCGUUUAACAAGAUGGGGUCCGUGGCACUUUGUAAAAUGAUGUUCAGUUUAGUCGGGUACUGUCGAUGUAAGACAUAAUUAGGUUCUGCUUAUCAAGAAGACUCUGAUCAGUCGAGGGAUGUAAUAAAUGUAAUGGGAAUCACCCUACAUUUUCUUAGAAAAGGUUCAGCUUUAACUGACUGUUAGUUUAGACAAUAAACGUCAAGGUAAUCGCUCACUAAGAUAGAGGACCAGCUUCGGCAAAAUGAGUCUUAGUUUGCCAAGAAACGCUACGCUCCUAAGGACAUAGGAUGAUGUUCAUCCCAACAAUUAAAAAAAAAUAAAGAUCACUCAAUCUUAAUUUCACAUACCUUUGCAUAUAUUUAAUUGAUAAAGACUUUGAAGAACCAUUUAACUUACAGUUCUAGGACAUUCAGUUGCACCUGUUGAUCGAUUUGCAGCGUAAAUACCCAACCAAGUUCAUUAACUUUUAUCUCAUAGAUUACGGCUAUCACAAUAGAAAAAAGCCAAGUCUUAUGAAUUUAUUGAGAGCUAUUUUACUAUCUUCUCAAUAUUAUUUUCUAUAGAUGGGAGUAAAGUUCACUGUUAAUGUACAGCAUUUUGUAAUUUGUAUACGAUGUUUAUGUGUUAUACACUAAAUAGUGACAAAAAGAAUUACUUCACCUGAUAAUAUAGUUGAGAAACAAACCAAAGAUUAAAAAAUUAACAAACAUUUUACACCUAUCAGAAAUCUUAACCCAUAGACAGUAUGAAAGUUUAUAGCAUGACGUUUCUACACCAAAUUAAUGAAUACAAAUCCUGUAAAUCAUUUUUGUGAAUUUUACAAGGCACUAUGAAAAUCACAGUCGUUUAUUGUUAUGAAAAAUAACAUGAAUGUUUCCACCAAUUCCUUUGUCUCUUUUUUGUUGUUUUAAUUAUCGACAAAUUUCCAUUUCUUGUGAAUGAUUUGGAUUUAGUUGUCUUUCUUUCCGUCUUUCAAUUCGUAUUUAUUUUACUCAUUACUCAUUCAAUAUCCUUAUCCUCGAUAAACGAGUCUACAGUUUAAAAUGUCAUUAUCAUUAAAUAGGACCCAAAAUAUGAAUUGUACGGAUAUUGUUCAUGUUAACCUGUUUUAUUUUGCAUCAUUAGUAUGUUGUAUUAGCUUCAUUAGGUUACCAACCAGGGACAUCAAAUGACAUUAUAAGCUGCAUUAAUGAAACACCAUUGUGACGUCAACAUCUCUUUUGGGAGAAUGCAUAAAACAUGGGGUAUUCUCAGUGGAUUAAGAAAUUUGUCACCACAGGAACAUAGAAUGAUUACUUUUCGUUUAAUCCAAGUCCAAUCUCUGUUCACGACUUAUAUUUGAAUAUUUGAACUCACAUAAAUGUACACGAUAUACAAAAAAAAAAUUAAGUGACUUAUUGUACAGAACUGAGUGUGUUUUUGUCGUAUGAGUUUUGGGUCAAAUGAGAUUAACAACUAUAAGGAGUAUCUUUAAUAAUAGUAUAUGUGAUAAAGGAAACUUACGUUACCGAUGAUGGUUUAAGAACGAUGUAACAGUAUGUUAACAGUAUAAGCGAUGCAUUAACAUAAAUCAUUUGGAGUGUCAAGUUUUGUUUGAAAGGAUUUCUAUAAUCUACUCUGGAUCGUAAGCAUUCUAUACCAAUGGGUAUGAAUAGGUGAAGGGGUUAUGACUGUGACUGUGACGCAUCGAGAGAUGCGAAUCAAAUGAACAUUUUUGGUUUUGUAUAUAAUCUACUUAUAAUGUAUAUUUUGCAAACAGCCCAUUUAUAUAACCACGAUAAUCUAUUUUCAA